AUAGACAAAUCACGUGACUAAAUUAGCCCCGCCUCCAAAUGAGGAACCUUACUGUUUGUAUGUUGCUGUUGGCGAGUUCUAAACUGUUUAGCUGAUUCUUUUUGUUGAGCGAAUAAUUUGAAAGGAAAAUGGCUGAAGGGGGAGAAAAGACAGACAAGGAGAAAGCAAAUGAAUACAAAAAAACGGGAAACAAAUUUAUGGAACAGAACAUGAACCAGGAAGCAGUGGAAGAAUAUACUCUGGGAAUAUCUCUCGACAGCACAAACCAUGUGUUAUACAGUAACAGAGCUGCUGCCCAUGCCAAGUUGGAAAAUUAUGCAGAAUCAUUAAAUGAUGCAGAACAAGUUGUUAAACUAAGACCAGAUUGGCCUAAGGGUUACUCCAGGAAAGGAUCUGCGCUUCAAUUUCUCGGGAGAUUCGAAGAAGCAAAAGCAGCUUUCGAGAGAGGACUUGAGCUCGAUGCCGAUAACGAGAUGAUGAAGAAAGCAUUGAAGGAAUGUGAAGCAGAAUUAGAAGGUCCAUCAGUAAGCCAACCUUUGGGAAACCCGUUUGCUAACUUAGAAACGAUUAUGCCUCGACUACGAGAAGAUGAGAGAACGAGAGAUCAUGUCAACGAGGAAGACUAUAUGGUCAUGCUGAAAGAUCUUGGAGAGGACCCGCUGAAUUUAUCAAAGUAUCUGACAGAUGACAGACUUCGAUUGACCUUGAGUGCCUUGCUUGGGUUUGACCUUGAAAAACCAGAGGACAUGAACUUCGAUGAACCCCCAUUCGCAGAGGAAACGAAUCAACCAGUAACCAAUGACCCAGAACCUAAAAUCGAUGAACCACAACAAAAAAUUGAAGAGCUACCAGAAAUUGCACAGAUGUCUUUGAACGAUAAAGAAAAGGCACAGAAAGAAAAAAAACUCGGCACUCAGUUCUUGAAACAGAACGAUUUUGCAAACGCACACCAGCAUUAUGACAACGCAAUCGCAUACGACCCAACCGAUAUCAGUUUCUACUCAAAUAAAGCUCUCGCUUAUAUGAAGGCCAACGAUGCACUCAAAUGUCGGGAAAUGUCUGAGAAAGUUGUUGAAGUCGGGAAAAAACAUGGCGGGGAUAAAAAAGUGAUGGCAAAGGCCUACAUGCGAAUCGGACAAACGUACAUGGACGAAGGAGAUUAUGAAAAAGCGUUGGAUAAUUUCACCAAGUCAAUGGCCGAGAACGAGACGGAGGAAAUUGUCAAGAAGAUCCAAAUAUGCCGAGAAAACAUCAGCCGUCAAGCAGGAAGCUAAUGUCAAAGAAACUAUUUUCAAUUUUCAUUAGAAAUGCAAAAAAUUGGAUUUUCUUUGGCCAGAAUACAAUACUUUCUGAAGCAGGGUUUCCCAAACUUUUGGGUCGCGGACCCUAAUUUGUGAAUCUUAGUUUUGACGAACCCCCUGUGCUGUUUCAAUUUGUUUGCUGACACAUCAAAAUUAUCAUAUCGUUGCGGGACCCCUUGUGCUGUCAUAAAGACCCCCGGGGUCCACGAACCCCAUUUUGGAAAACCCUGUUCCAAAUCAUCGGUUCCUGACUUUUUACGAUACAUUUCCUUUUUCUGAAUCUUCUUAUUCUCUCUAAUCUUUGACUUUACGAACUCUGAUGUAGUUAUAAUCUUACAUAGAAAUUUGCAGAAUUAAAUUUGUAUGUGUUAAUGGCGAUUUGAGCUUUCUUUCAUGUUAAUUCAGUUCAAAUGUAUAUUUAAUGAAUGUUCAGAACAAUAAUCAAACUAACUCAUAGGCGAUAACAACUGAGCACUUGACUACUAAGACGACUUGGAUACUUCACCUUCACAGCUGGUCAUGAUCAGUCAUCUGUGACUGAUGACAUCACGGGUCAUGUUCAGCCAUCGGGGAAAAUGCAAGUUUCAAUGAAUACAAUAAUAAUAAUACAGUCAACAUCUCAAUCCCGAGUCAAAAACGGGUCAUUUGAGCCCGAAAUCAGAUCCAUCACAAUUAAGUCCCACUGGCAUUCAACUCAAGCCAAAUGAAUUACUCAACUUUCUCUCUCCCUAACGUUUUUAGCUAUACAUUUCUGGAUAUAUAUUUUCUAUUUUGGGUCAAUAAUGCAGUGAAAAUUUGAUAAUUGCCAAUCUCUAUUUUUGCAUAAUUGUGUUGCAAAAUCAUUUUUUAAGAAAAUAAUUUCACUUUUUCAAACUUUAUUGUGAUUUUUUAUGUUAGACAGUAUGUAAAAAUUGCAAUUUGAUGUUUUUUUGUGCGCUUAAUCGUAUUGCAGAGGUAAGUUCCGAUUUUAUUUGCAACCAAUAAUUCUUCAAAUAUUUGUAUCUGCACUUUUUUUUGAUUCAAAUCAGUAUUCCUUCAUUUUAUUUAAAGUUUUCAAAGUUACACGUGACCCGAUAUUUGACCCAAAAUUGAGCUGUUUCAUUCUGAUUCAUGGGAACACUUUUUAUGAAAUCUGGGUAAACUAUGUUCAGAUGUUUUAUAAACAUUAAAUACUGUAUUUAGAAUUCUUUCUACUUGAGAUAAAAUUCACUUUUGUGUUCCUAAUCAUGUUCGUAUUAAAUCAUUCGUACAAAUAUUUCCUGUACUCCAGAAUUAUGUGCACCAAGAUGGCGAACACCGAAACGUAGUAUGUGUACCAGGUCAGGGUUAGGCCAUGAUUUCAGGUACAAAUACUACGGGAGUCACUUGGCUAGUCCUCAAACUGGUAAUAGACCUGAAAUGAUGAAAUUAUGGCCUUACCCUAACCUGGUACACAUACUACGUCCCGGUGUUCGCCAUCUUGGUGCACAUACUUCUGGAGGUGCCGUAUUUCCUGGCUA